AGUCCUAGCAAGGCAUUUCUGAUAACCACAGACAAACUAGAGCUGUAAUUUCUUUGCUAUAUAAAUAGACGGAGAUGAAAAUGUGCCUUAACCAGGAACUAUAUAAAGGGCUUCCCUGGCCUGGCUCCCUCACAGGCUAAUCUUCCUGGGAAACUGCUUUUCCUCUUUCUUUCUCUGUACGUUUGCAAAACCUGCUUGCCCAUGACAUCCCACGAGAAGGAACCUUCUCCCACUGUCAUCACCAUCAGGCCUCCUGUGAUCCCCCAGGACUAUAUGAUUUGGUCAAUCUUCAACACCCUCUAUAUGAAUCUCUGCUGCCUGGGCUUUGUAGCUCUUGCGUAUUCUGUCAAGGCUCGGGAUCAGAAGGUGGCUGGGGAUCUGGAAGCUGCUCAUCACUAUAGUUCCAAAGCCAAAUGCUACAACAUCCUUGCCACAAUGUGGAGUGUGGUGCUGCCGUUGGUGCUCAUUGCUUUGGUGAUCACGGGUGUCCUCCACCUUUCCAAGCUAGCUCAGGAGUCCAUGGACUAUUUUGCUUACAGACUGUUCCCAGAGGAUAUUGAGGACAAAAAGUGAAGGGGAACAAGAGAUGGGGUGUAAC